AUGACCAUUGACAAGAUAUCGUUUACACUAUCAAACAACGAUUUUUUACCAAGUCCUUUACCGUUGCAAAUACGAACUGCGUUUAAGGUGGUAUAUAGUCUUAUCAUAUUAUUGGCUGUUAUUGGUAAUGUCACUGUCAUCGUUGUUGUAAGUGCAGCUAGAACCAAGUUAACAGUGACGGAUAUGUAUAUAUUGUCACUAGCUGUGGCGGAUUUGUUAAUUUCGCUAUUAAACAUGCCGUUUCAACUGAAUUUCUUUAUCACAAAUGAAUGGAAGAUGGGUCUAUUUUUGUGCAAAUUUUCGAACUAUAUACAAGGAGUGGUUGUUACAGCUAGUAUACUAACAUUAACCGUGAUUGCACUGGACAGCUACGUAACACCGCUCAUCAUAAUGAUAUUAUCAUACGGGGCGAUUGCUCAUCGGCUGUGGAUUCAACAUCCGAUAGGAGAUAUGUUGGAGAACCCACGAAAUCACGAGCGAAGUGUAAAGCAGAAGAAAAAAAUUAUACAAAUGCUGAUGCUCCUGGUUUUGGCAUUUGCUGUCCUUUGGUUGCCGUUCUUUACCGCCCAGCUUGUGGAGGAGUAUGUGGAAAUGGAAGAAACAUUCCGUACCAGACAGGCCGUACUACAACUCAUCGGAUACACCAACUGUUGCGUCAACCCGAUCAUCUACACUUUCCUUAACAGUCAUUUUCAGAGAGAGUUCAGGAGUUUGUGUGCUAGACGUAGAUUGCCCCAUAUUACCCGACCACGUCCACGCUCUGUUAAUAGAACAAACACACUAGAAAUAUGUGUAAUAUCAAACAGAGUACCAUAA